AUGUUAGGAAUUUGCUCAAUUAGUCUUAAAAGUAUCCCCUUUCCCAUGGUUAGAUGGAACCUGUUACCUGUAUUUUCUGUUUUGUGUAUACCAGGACUCAUUCAAAAUCUUAUUAAAAGUAAGCAGCUCCCUGGGGCUAUUAGGUUGAUUUAUGUAUUUAAGCUGGCCGACAAGUUUCCACCAAGAGAUCUCUUGAAGGAUUGCUUGAAGUGUUCAAACAAUUCUUCUAAAAGUUUUUUCAAGAAGAAAAACAGAUCACCUAAAGCACAGGUAAGUUUUCAGAACUUUAAGAGCAGCAUCACUUUUCUGAAAAAACGAAAACGAAAGGCUAUGAAGAAAAAAACUAAGCUGGCCCUUGGCAGCAAGGAACAUAUUGCUCCUGUCACUCCUGCUGCUGCUCCCAUCCCUGCUCCUAUUCCUACCUUCAUUACGGAAAAUAACCUUACCUCCCCAUCAACCAUUGCCAAAACCACUAGCCAUGCCCCUGCCCCUGCCUCCUUGACUCCAGUGCAACAGCAUAGCGGUAGUAAGCGCCCUUGGGUAGCUGUUUCAGCAGACGCUGCACCAAAUACUUCCAAAGGUUCCACCUCAACUGCUCACUUAAUAGAACUGCCUCAUCAGGAGACAGCAAGCUUGUUCAGCAAUAAAGUGAGCAGCACUGUUCAUUCCCAUGUAAAGAGUGGGCAAUUGUCAAAGGAAAGUACCCCAUUGGACAGCAGAGAGGCUUCUUUGGCUGUGAAUCCUCAGCAGGAUCCUAAAUGUUCAUCUGUCAAUGAGGAUGGAGAGAUAUUGAGAUCAUUACUUAACAACCAAGUGGAGUAUGAUUCGAUGCGAAGUAAAGUUUCUGACGCUCUUCAAUCUGUACCAGAUCCAGAUAAGCUUGUUUUGGAUGCAAUAAAGGGAAUUUAUCCUUCAAACUUAAAGGGAGAUGAAGGCUUUAAGUUGGGUGUUUCUAGAAACUUCAUUUUAUUGUUGAAACAAUUAAUAUUUUCACCCCAGAUGAAGCCUCUGGUGAAAGAAGAAGCCACGAAGUUUGCAAAUGAUUGGAACUCAAGAUUGAAAAAUAAGAGAGAUGAUCCUUUGGAGGUCCUGGCCUUUCUGCCAUUUUUAGUAGCCUAUGGGUUGACCUCUUCUUUUUAUGCAAAUGAGAUUCUUGGUCUUUUGGAUACUGAUGUUUGGCAUAAAAAGGUACCUGAUUUAUGUCAGGUCCUUGGCCUGACAGAUAUCAUGCCUAAUUUCAUUCAAAAUGUUAUCAAAGAAGCUAUUAAAUAUAUCUGUGCACUGGAGGUGGUGGACAGUUUCCCACUAGUACCUCUUUUAAAUGAUCAUUUGAUGAAUUCCAAAAGAAAAGCAGAGGACUUAUGCAAGGAAGGAGAUAAGUCACUUCCAGUUCAGCUUAUGGGGAUAAGCAAAGAGUUAACUGCUUUAAGAGCCGUACGCAGCUGGAUUGAAAUUUACAAGCUUGAAGAUGAAAACUUUCCUGAAAUCCUUGAAAAGCACAUUGCGGAACAGGAAAAGCAGCAGGCAGAGAAAAAGCAUGAGUAUGACUCCUCCAAUGUCAAAAAUGGACCUCGUACUAGAUCUAAAGCUACAUUACUGCAGCAGCAUCAACAACAACAAACAAGCUGUAGUCCCAAAACUUUGGGGUCGGAGAUGGAUCCUCAACAAACUAAUCAAGUUUCGACCACAGCACACUGA